CAAUUCUAAAAGUAAACCCAACAAAAAGUGUGGUAGUGGCCCAAGUCCAUUUAAUAACAAUUCUGAUAUCCAAAAAUCUAAUCUUCUUCACCCCCCUCCCCCUUCGAUAACCUCACCAUUCUUCUGCCAAUCUCUGAUCAAUCCGUCACCCGAUUUCGAAAAUGCUGAGGAAUGUCGCCGGAAGAAUCCUCCGGAUCGGUUCACAAUCAUCGACGGUGACGCCGGCGGUGCAGCGGCGACUAUAUCACGAGAGAGUGGUGGACCAUUACAAUAAUCCCCGAAACGUGGGGUCAUUUGACAAGAAUGAUCCUACAGUUGGCACGGGUCUAGUCGGUGCACCUGCUUGUGGAGACGUGAUGAAGCUGCAAAUCAAAGUCGACGAAGAGACCGGAAAAAUUACCGAUGCUUGCUUUAAGACCUUUGGAUGUGGCUUCGCUAUUGCUUCUUCUUCCGUAGCCACUGAAUGGGUGAAAGGGAAACAAAUGGAGGAAGUACUCUCCAUAAAGAAUACGGAGAUAGCGAAACAUCUUUCUCUUCCACCUGUUAAACUGCACUGCAGUAUGCUUGCUGAGGACGCAAUAAAGGCUGCUGUGAAAGAUUAUGCAGCAUAGCGGGCAAAAUUGAGUGAUAAUGCAAAUGAUUCUCAGAUAGGCAAAGCAGCUGAUGCUUGAAUACUUGUUGCAAGAAAUGAAGUGGUUUCAAGAAAGGAAUUUGAGGAAGAACCUAGAAUGCUUGUGUAUGUAAUAUUCUUUCGGUUUUCAUAAAUGUAAAGUUGACUGUUUGAAGUUUUGUUUUGUAAUCUGUUUGGAUAAAGCUGUGACCUCACUUUGUCCAGUUUGAAGUUUUACUGGAGCAAUUGAAUCACCUGUUUAAACCA